AUGUUGCGAAUGGACCGCUGGCGAUGGGCAGCUAUGGUCGCAAUAGCGACGAUGACCCUAAUUGCCCUACUGAAAUACCGAUCACCAACCGUGACGAGUCCCGUCUUUGUUCCACCCGUCAGUCGUGCUCGAGGGCUAGCCCAUUGCCUCAUUUCACUACUAUACGCUAACUUCGCCAACUGCCCUGAAUCACAGGUUUCUAAAAUACCAAAUACCAAGGCGGAUAUUGGGACAUCCAAGUUCCAUCUUCUGCUUGCUGCAAGCAACCAACAUCCGCGACUUUGCCGAGCGAUUCUUUCAUCUGCCCUCCUAGGGUACCCCAUCUCAGUCCUCAGCGGCUGGGGAAAGACCGAUGACCUGGAUGCAGGCAUUUCCCACCUCGCCAAGGUUCGCAAUGUGAUGCGCUACUUGGAUACUUUGCCGCCGUCUUCCGACCAAGAUCUUGUUUUGAUGGUCGACGGUUAUGACGUCGUUUUCCAGCUCCCUGCGGAUGUCUUGAUCCAACGCUAUUUCGCCGUUACUGCAGCUGCAGAUGAAGCCCUAGCAACCCGCUUUGGCGAGGACUACUUGCGCGCAACUCCAGAAGAGAGCCGUCCCCGAGCAACGGUUCUAUUUGGUCCCGAGAAGCUCUGCUAUCCGCCAAACGAGGCUCGGUCGGGCUGCUGGGCGGUUCCCACCAAUACUGGACUUGCCCCUGAUGCGUAUGGGCCUGACGACGGGACUAUAGAGCAUAUGCUCAAUCGUUGGUUGAAUUCCGGGACAGUCAUCGGGCCCGUAAGAGAUAUGAAAAAGGUUUUCAACGGGACAUUGAAACGCAUCCAAGACUUCUAUAACCCCGAGGAUGACUGGUCUAAAGACUCGGACCAAAAAUACCUGAGUGAUCUCUGGGGUGACCAGGAGUACUUCCGCUCUGUGAAGGAGCUCCAGCUCAACAAUCAUACUGGGACGGUGCUACCUGGCGUGGGCUCAACCAAGGCCGUGCCAACUCGGGAAUUAGGGCAAGAAACAGAAUACCACAUCGGCAUCGACUACAAAGGGGAGCUCUUCCAGACCCGUGCCGUUUUUGAGCAUGCUCUGGACCUGGUUCCCUUUAACAAUACGGACUCCCAGGGAGCCUUGUCGUCCUGGGUUACGCGCAAUGUGACCGACCAUCCGGAUUUCAAACCCUACUCCGUCCCACUGCCGGCCAAUGUCAUACUCUCCUUAAAGCGGCUUCUCAUGUCUAUUUCCCAGACGCUGAAGGCCAAGCCCGCGGACAUGAUCCCUCAAUUACCUCUCAACAUGAACGUCGUUACUAGAAAAGUGCAUGCCAUCUUUCACUGCACCGGUCCAAAAGAAUACCUCGACGACUUGUGGCCCAAGAUGUGGUUCUACCCAUACCUCCGCUCACUGCUUGAUGUCGCGAUAAGGUCACAGAGGACAGGCCGGAGAAUUUCCGACACUCCGGUCGAUGGACGCAAGUGGAUCCCAGCACAUCCUCCUUCAACAAACGCAGGAAACAACGAUGUCAAUGCCUUGGGCGCAUGGACAGACCUAGAAGGAGAGUGGCUUGAAUGGGGACCACUGUGUGGACAAUACAAUCAUGAAAUAUUUGGUGAUCAAUAA